UUUUAUGCUGCGACAGGUCCGCCACGUCACCUUUGGGAGACUUGUGUUUGUUUUGCUGCCGCGACUCCGAAAUUGUUCAUGUUUCUGCUGCGUUUUGAAACUAACAGGCGUUCUUAAUCAUUAAUAUGUUGACGUCUGAGUCGUUUGCGCUUUUCCCGCUCCAGGUGUGGGAGAAGGUGAAGUCGAAGUUAAAGAAAGCUGUCGUUUUUAUGGAUGACAGGUGUGCAGAGGCUCUUCACUGGAGCGGAGGGGCUGCAUCCUUUUUAGAGGCUGGAGCCAGAAAUGUCAAGCAGUUUUCAAGCUUCGAAGCCUGCAGCGAGAAUGAGCCCAAAGCUGUGUUUGUGGUGAGCACUCUGUUAAAGGGGAGAACAGUCGACAUCAUCAGAGACAUCGUAUCCGUCAGCCAUUUCCAGUACUGUGUCGUCUUCACCGCCGUCCCUCACUCCGUUCACCUUUUCGCCAACCACGUCACGGCAGAGAUGGAGGGAAGCCCUGUCUUUGCGCAGUUUGAGGAGAAGCUCUGCGAGUGGAUGGGAAAUAUGAAUUACACGGCGGAAGUCAUGCAUGCUCCUGUGGUCUUUGCUCCCAUAUCACCUCAGCUCAUCCUCACACCAGCUUUUGGAAGUAUGUUCCCUCUGCUCUCUUCAGACCUGGAGAAAAUCAACGCGAAACGACCAGAGAAGAAGAAAUGUGCAGGCUUGAAUGAAGUGGACAUGCACUCUCUGCCUGUAGAGCUGCAGAUCGAAGUUAAAUCACUGGUGUCAGCGGUGAACUCCAUGUUUGAGGCAACAGGGACGAGAGAGGAGAGCUUUGCUGUGGGUCCAAUGAGUCGCAUCCUUGCGGGAGAGCUUGCAAAUCACUCUCAAGCUAAAACCAGAAGGAAAACGGCUCCUAAUAAAGCGUCCAUCAUCUUUGUUGACCGAACAAUGGAUCUUACAGGUGCUGUUGGUCACCAUGGCGACAACCUUGUUGAGAAGAUCCUGACGGUGUUAAAACCGUUGCCUGGCCAUGUGACUGAUGUCCAAGUGGAUAUGUUGGAGCUCACAAGUCUAAAGCGAACCCCUCACUCCGAGAACACCGUGGCCCCUGGCUGCCUUGCUCAGACUACACCAUCCACUGUGAGGCCACUGUGGGAGGCGAUGCUGACCAGUAAACACAAGGAAGCUGUGAUGGAAGUGCGUCGGCACCUUGUGGAGGCAGCCAGUCAGGAGAAGCUGCCAAUCAAGAUGAGCAUGGGACGUGUGACCCCGGAGCAACUGUGUUCUUACGUAAAGCUGUUCCGGAGAAGUUGGGAGGCACUAGAGAGUCACUGCGGGCUCCUCCAGCUGGGCCUGGCCACGGCCCAGACACUUCGACAUCCCAGCUUGGCCCGCUGGGAUGCCUGUCUGGCCUUUGAAAGGCUGCUGCUGCAGGCUCUCGGGGACUCUGACUUCCCCGCUGUGCUGAGGCAGCUGCUGCCCCUGAUGAAGCCCCGCGGAGGCGAGGACAGCUUGUCAUCCAGGUCGAGGCUCGGGGAGGACGAGUGUGGGCCGGAUGAGCUGAUCCUCCUGUUGACCUAUCUCUACUCUCUUGCUGAUGAGGCUCAUCACGGAGAUGCUGAGGAGGAGGAGGAGCUGGAGAAGCUGGAGCAAGAGCUAAUGGGAACGCUGACCCUGGUCAUCACGCAGGAGACAGAGCUCAGCCCUUUGGUCCAAAAACUCACCGGGUGUUGUAACGCAGAGGAGCUAACCACAGAACGAGCCCAUGUGGCGGUGGAAGAGAUGUUCAGGACCCUCAGAGGUUUGGGCAGCACCAGAGACCAUCUCAAGCAGCUACGCUCUGUCUACACCGCAAGUGAUGGAGUCCACCAGGCCACCUAUUGUCCGUUCCUGCGACAGAUCCUGGAGGAAGUUUUCAACCCGGACCGACAUGAAUGUCCCGACAUUGAGCACAUGUCCGGAGGCCUCACAGACCUGCUGAAGACUGGCUUCAGCAUGUUCAUGAAGGUUAGCAAUCACACAUCCAUCCAUCCAUUUUCAUCCGCUUAUCCGGAGUCGGGUCGCGGGGGCAGUAGCCUAAGUCAAGAGGCCCAGACUUCCCUCUCCCCAGCCGCUUGGGCCAGCUCCUCCGGGAGAAUCCCAAGGCGUUCCCUGGCCAGGUGAGAGAAAUAGUCCCUCCAAUGUGUCCUGGGUCUACCUCAAGCCCCCAUAAUGCGGCUCAAAAAUUGAAGCUAUCCCGGAAGUACCAAAAAUUGCAGUUCCACCCUCAUCCACUAGGGGCUGGUGUCAGAAGCGAGCAAAUCCUCAUUGACUCCCAUGUUAAAAUACCAAUUUCACAGCAGAAAUAAACAUGUUUACAGCCUGGUACCAGAACAUGUUUUUGGUUUAAAUGAUCUAGUUUACACUCAUGACAACUCUGAGGGGGUGAAUUUUUUUCUCACUCUUCUGUUUAGGUGUAUUAAAAGCCUAAAAUUCUGUAUAAUUAAUGAGCCUCAGACCCACGUGACCACAGAGCUAGCUCCGUGGAAAGGCCUCAGUAGAGCCUCGGUCUGGCCUGGAAACUGCUCCGGGAUUUUGAGUCUCUGUGUGUGUGUAUUCUUGUUUGGACAUUAUUUGUGCAACUGUUGGACAAAAUACCAGAACGUUGUGCGCUAGGAUGAUGUCAAUGCCAAAACAACCAAAACAAAGAGGAGUCUCACCUCUUACAUCAGGAAGAAUCUGUGCAUUUCGAGCGUUAUCCGUUCUUUCAUAAUCCGUUGUUGAAUUGUGAUCGGCAGAAGCUUUUCUGGUUCGCGCCUCACUUUUUUUACAGCAGCGGCCCAAAACGAUCUCCUAAAACAUGGAUUUUGUGCCUCCUGAUCACGUGAUGUGUGACGUAUG